CCGCUUCCUCGCCAUUACCUCCAAGCAGCAUUCAGAGAAAGAAACGAGCCAUUGUUAACUCCAACUAUAUAGAUAGGGAGAGAUACAUAAGCAAUCUAGCUACGUAGCUCUCUCGAGCAUGUCUCUGGUGGCAAGGCUCUUCGACACGCUGUCCCUGGACGCGUGGAAGAACCCCUUCAGCAGCAUCUUCGGCACGGCGGCCGGCGCCGACGCGUGGCUGGCGAGCGACACCACGGCGUUCGCGGAGACGUACAUCGAGACCCGGGAGACGGCGGAGGCGUACGUGUUCAGCGCUCGGCUCCCCGCAGGGGUAAGCAAAGAGGAGGUGCGGGUGGACGUGGAGGAGGAGGGGCACGUGCUCGUCAUCGCCGGCCAGCGCACCGUGAGGAGGGAGGCCAGGAGCGACCAGGCCCGGCACGUGAUCGAGCGUAGCUGCGCCUCCUUCUUCGGCAGGUUCUGCCUCCCGGAGGACGCCGCCGUGGGACAAGUCCGGGCCGCCAUGGAUGACGGCGGGGAGCUCGUCGUUACCGUGCCCAGAAUUGGAGCCGCCGUCCUGGCUCUGCCCGAGCCGGACUUGGCCAUCGAGGUCGAGGCCAGCCCGUGCUGAUGGCGACAUGCCGACGCCGGCGCAGGUGCACACACGAAGUAACUUGCUCGUGUCAUCUGCUUGACUGGUUCUGGCUUCACCAGAAAUUAAGGCGCUUCUGUAAGUCCAAAGUAGUUCAUCCAUCCGUUGCGGUUCGUUGUGAGUGAGCUCAGCCGCAUGCAUGCCUGCAAAGCAAUGCGCAUGCAUGUUGCUUUUGUUAUUACUACA